AUGGGUGUGUAUAAAUAAAGUGAGAUGCCUGGGAACACUGUCACCCUGGAUGGGUGUCAUGAGUUCCUGUUGUUAAGGCUGCCUGUAGGAGGCAACCUUUGGGGGUUUUCCUGUAUUUGAAAGGUUUCAACAUUCAUCACUUCAGGGAGGAGACAGAGCACUGGCAAGGCAUGAGCGAUCUCUAGAGGACACAGCAAUUAAUAGGCAAGGCCCAGCCCAGCUCAUGCUAACCUGGCUCACUGUCCAUAUUUUUCAGUGACCAUGGACCCAAACGUGUUGAGAAGUGAUGUCUUCGUUGAGUUUUUAAAACUGGCACAACUGAAUACAUUUGACAUCACCCCCAAGAAAGCUUAUCUGGACAUAUUUCUGCCCAAUGAAGAGAGUAUUAAAAUCGAAAUUAUAACAUCAGACACUGCUGAAAGAGUCCUAGAGGUGGCAUCACACAAAAUUGGACUGUGUCGGGAGCUCUUGGGCUACUUCGGCCUCUUUCUCAUUCGGUUUGGCAAGGAGGGCAAGCUCUCUGUUGUGAAAAAAUUGGCCGACUUUGAACUCCCUUAUGUUAGUCUUGGAAGUUCUGAAGUGGAAAACUGUAAGGUUGGACUCCGAAAGUGGUAUAUGGAUCCAUCCCUCGACUCCACACUGAUGGACUGCAGGGCGGCCCUAGAUUUGCUCUACAUGCAGGCAAUACAGGACAUUGAAAAAGAGUGGGCCAAACCCACACAGGCGCAGAGGCAGAAAUUAGAAGCUUUCCAGAAAGAAGACAAUCAAACAAAGUUUUUGGAGCUGGCCCGGGAGGUACAGCACUAUGGAUACCUGCAGCUGGAUCCUUGUACCUGUGACUACCCAGAACCAGGCUCUGGAGCUGUUCUUUCUGUCGGCAAUAACGAGAUCAGCUGCUGCAUCACCCUGCCUGACAGCCAGACCCAAGAUGUCAUUUUCCAGAUGAGCAGGGUGAAGUGCUGGCAGGUCACUUUCCUUGGAACUCUGCUGGAUAUGGAUGGGCCCCAGAGAACUUUCAACCAGAACUUAGAGCUCAGAUUUCAAUACAGUGAGGAUAGUUGCUGGCAGUGGUUUGUUAUUUACACCAAACAGGCUUUUUUGCUGAGUAGCUGCUUGAAAAAGAUGAUCUCAGAAAAGAUGGUAAAGCUAGCUGCUAAGAAUCCAGAAAUGCAGAUUGAAGUUCCGGAACAAAGCAAAAGUAAAAAAUACCACAUUCAACAAAGCCAGCAGAAAGACUAUUCUAGUUUUCUAUCAAGAAAAAGCAAGAUUAAGACAGCUAAAGAUGACUGCGUUUUUGGGAACAUAAAGGAAGAAGACCUCUGAAGAAAACUCUCAUAUUUUAAAAAUCCUUGGAGGCUAUCUUAAGACAGUGAAAGAACUUGGGGAUUCAGGUGGGCUACCUACCAUCAAUGGAGGAAAUUUGACCUCUUCCCAUUGUUUUGGCAUUAAGAUAGACUGUAUUCAUCAAGAUAUUAUACCACAGCACUCUAUGGAUAUCUCAAGAUUAGAAAAAAAGGAACCAUGUUAUAGAGUUAGUUUUUAUUUUAUUUUUGCACUUCGUCAUGACCGUAUAGAGUUUGUUUUUAAUGUCUCAUAAAUGACAAGUGGCAAAUUCAAAUCAACUCAUAUGAAGCUCAUUCUAUUUUUUCUCUAAAAUACAUGUUUAUGUGGCUUCAUGAAGUCUUUUAGGUGUUCUGGAUUUACAUAAAUGAAAGUCUCAUAAAAUAUCAUAAAUGUAUUUUGGGUCAAUUUCUAAAGAUGUGACUCUUCAAUGGAGGAAAAUAUGGCUCUAAGAAGUGGAAUCACUGAAAAAGAAACCUGGGUUUCUCUGAUCUAUCCACACAGAAUUAGAGCAAGGAGAUGAUGAAAUACUGAUUUGUUUCCUCACAGCAGUCUGAGCCUACCAAUAUGGAUGUACUCAAAGUAAAAGGCUGCCCCGUUCUCUGCUUGACCAUUGUUAUGAUUGUAUUCUGUCCUUAGAGUACUGAAAGCAGUUCGAUAAUCAACAUGCUAUUUGGAAUGUUUUAAUUUGGAAAGCAGUAAGGCCCUGCACCUGAUAUCAGAUACCUUGUAAGUCUCUUAGCUUUAAAACUAUGUAUACUUUCUCACAAGGUUUUUCCUUAUCUAGCUUCAUUUCUCUCAUGGUAAUUAAUGUAAUUAUGUAUAGAAUUAAGACCACAGUAAAGGAGAUGAUCAGAGGAAUCUGUAUAGUGUAAUUAGAAAAAGUGCAAUAUUCUAAUGUUCUAACUGGGGUGUACACCUAAUUAUAUAAUAAAUACAAAAUAUAGUGAAUAUAAAA